GGAGCGUGUUGUUGUCAGCGCAGUGAUGGCGAGCUCCGCAGCGAAACAACCCGCAAAAACUGCAAAUAAAACCCCGUCCGGAGGGGCCGGCGGGACUGUGGCCGGAGCACCGGCAAUGCCGCUCGCUUCUCCGCUCAUGGGGGGCUUGAAUAAGAAGAAGAAGCCGUUUCUCGGCAUGCCUGCGCCGCUGGGUUACGUGCCCGGUCUGGGCAGAGGUGCCACUGGUUUCACCACACGUUCUGAUAUCGGUCCUGCUCGUGAUGCCAAUGACCCAGUUGAUGACCGCCACGCACCUCCCGGGAAGAGGACCGUGGGUGAUCAGAUGAAGAAAAGCCAGGAUGAUGAUGACGAGGAUCUCAACGACACCAAUUAUGAUGAAUUUAACGGCUAUGCGGGCAGUCUGUUCUCCAGCGGGCCAUAUGAGAAAGAUGACGAGGAGGCUGACGCUAUUUAUGCUGCACUGGAUAAAAGGAUGGAUGAGAGACGCAAAGAAAGACGGGAGCUGCGAGAGAAAGAGGAGAUUGAGAAGUAUCGUAUGGAGCGGCCUAAAAUUCAGCAACAAUUCUCAGAUCUGAAGAGGAAACUGUCUGAGGUCACAGAGGAUGAGUGGUUGAGUAUUCCUGAAGUGGGAGACGCCAGGAACAAACGUCAGAGGAAUCCCCGCUACGAGAAGCUCACGCCUGUGCCAGACAGCUUCUUUGCCAAGCACCUCCAGACUGGAGAAAACCACACCUCUGUUGACCCACUGCAAGGGCAAUUUGGUGGUCUAAACACACCCUUCCCAGGGGGCUUGAACACACCUUACCCAGGUGGCAUGACACCCGAUGCUGGAGAGCUGGACAUGAGAAAGAUCGGACAGGCCAGAAACACUCUGAUGGACAUGAGGCUCAGUCAGGUGUCUGACUCUGUGAGUGGACAGACAGUUGUUGACCCUAAAGGUUACCUCACCGAUCUCAACUCCAUGAUCCCCACAUAUGGAGGAGAUAUCAGUGAUAUUAAGAAGGCCCGUCUGCUCUUGAAAUCAGUGAGAGAAACAAACCCCCACCACCCACCCGCUUGGAUCGCUUCUGCCCGUCUGGAAGAGGUGACCGGAAAACUGCAGGUGGCCAGAAACUUGAUCAUGAAAGGCACUGAGAUGUGUCCCAAGGCUAACCCCAACAGUGAGGAGAUUUGGCUGGCUGCCGUGAAGCUGGAAUCGGAGAAUAAUGAGUACGAGAGAGCCCGCAGGCUGCUGGCCAAAGCCCGGAGCAGCGCCCCCACUGCCAGGGUGUUCAUGAAGUCUGUGAGACUGGAGUGGGUGCUGGGUAAUAUUGAAGCUGCACAGGAGUUGUGCACGGAGGCCCUGAAGCAUUAUGAAGAUUUCCCCAAACUUUGGAUGAUGAGAGGACAGAUUGAGGAACAGUCCGAGAGCAUCGAUAGAGCACGAGAGGCCUACAACCAAGGACUGAAGAAGUGCCCCCACUCCAUGUCUUUAUGGCUGCUUCUGUCUCGGCUGGAAGAGAAAGUUGGGCAGCUCACACGUGCUCGAGCCAUCUUGGAGAAAGCUCGCCUCAAGAAUCCACAAAGCCCUGAACUUUGGCUGGAGUCUGUCCGACUUGAAUAUAGAGCGGGAUUGAAAAACAUUGCAAACACUCUCAUGGCCAAAGCCCUUCAAGAAUGUCCCAACUCUGGUAUCCUGUGGUCUGAAGCAGUCUUCCUGGAGGCCAGACCUCAGCGCAAGACCAAGAGUGUCGACGCUCUAAAAAAGUGUGAACACGAUCCUCAUGUGCUUCUGGCAGUGGCCAAGUUGUUCUGGAGCGAAAGAAAAAUAACAAAGGCGAGAGAGUGGUUCCUGCGGACAGUAAAGAUUGAACCAGACUUGGGCGAUGCUUGGGGUGUUUUCUAUAAAUUUGAGCUUCAGCAUGGGACCGAAGAGCAGCAACAUGAGGUAAAGAAGCGCUGUGAGAAUGCAGAACCGCGUCACGGUGAGCUGUGGUGCGCUGAAUCCAAGCACAUCCUCAACUGGCAGAAGAACAUCGGAGAGAUCCUGGUCCUCGUGGCUUCAAAGAUCAAAAACUCCUUCUAAACCGUGGGACUAUUGUCAGAUUCACAACUCAGGCAUGUUUGGUUUAGCAAAUAUGUUUUUUUAGGGAAUCUGUGGAUGAAUGUCAUUGAGAGAUUUUUGUUUUGUGUUUUAUGGCUAUUUUUCCAUUUUUAGAGUGGUUGCCUCUCUGUUGUAAAGUCUAGUUACACCAAGAAACAUGAGUUCAUUUUGAAUAUUAAUUGCCAGAACUAUCCGCCACCUUCUUAUCCUGCUUUUCACUAGGCUUAUGUAAAUGUCUUGCUGGUUUAUCAGGAAAUAAAAGUCUGAUCUGUUUUGAAAUAAA